GCUUAUAUGUCUCGAUGUCUCUUUAUUUCAGAGAUACAGUUAUCCAUUUUUCAGUGGAUUUUUGUACUUGACGCGAGCCACGAAAAACACGUCGCUCAAGCUACUCUUGCUGCUCUCGCAAGGACUUGUACUGCUUUUCAUCAUAUAGCUUUAGAUGUCCUCUGGCAACAAUUUGGCACUAUCGCGAGAGCGAUCCAGUGCAUGCCUCAUGAUUUAUGGGGCGGAGACGCGAUCAAGUCUGAGUCAGGCUGUAUUUGUUUAAAACUUCAUAGGCACUUGACCAAAGAUGACUGGAAUAUAUUCCGCAGGUAUGCUUUACGCAUCCGUCACCUCAGUCUUGCCACCCAGGACGUCCGCCGCGGAAAAAAAUUGAUGGUUGAUAUUGACGAUGAAUUACUCGCUCGUCUCGCCUCCAUGGAUGCCACCCAGCCGCUCCUGCCAAAUCUCACAUCCCUCGAGUGGAUUAUCUAUGACGAGAGAGACUUGAGGCUGAUCCGUCGAAUCAUGACCAAGUCUCUCACGUCCUUAUUCCUUGAGGUCUGGGCCAUCUCACCAGUUCCUGACCUGCUACAGUUCAUCUCCUCGAUUGCUCCUACAUGUCCCUCUUUGCGAAAAUUGACCGUGCACUCAGUGGCCCUAUCAAGUCAUCUUCGCCAGUCCGUUUCUCAAACUCUUUGCCAUCUACAUCAUCUCACUACAAUUCACUGUGGAAUCCUCGAUGCCGAGGUUCUGAACCAUUUAUCACGUCUGCCAUCUUUACUAGAGCUUAAACUUGCUCUCCAACCAAAUGCCGAAUUCCAGAACGAGCUUUUAUUUGAGCAACUUCAAGUACUUGACGUGCAUGCACAAGACAUCUCAUCUGCUGUUGACCUCGUGAGCAGAAUGCGGAACAAGCUUACAAACCUCUCGAUCUUCAGCGAUGACCAUGCAGGAGCAUCUGUCUUGGCACAAUUAUUUCGUCGGCUCUCCACUUCCGUCAGUCACUACUCGCUUCGUCGCCUCCAAAUUAUGGUUGCAGAACGUCCUCCACAUGACUUGUUCUCUGUUUUAAAGCUGGAAGACCUCUAUCCGCUUCUGUCGUUCAACCGAUUAACGCACGUACUUCUUGAUAUAGGGUGUGGGAUCUCUUUGGACGAUGUUGCCGCCUUGGAAUUGGCACAGGCAUGGCCAAAUAUCAUGCAACUCGUGCUGAACAAAUUCCUGGAAACCCCUCUGCCUUCGUCGAUAUCCCCAAUCGGACUCCUGUGCUUCCUCAAGCACUGUCCCAACCUAUUGGAACUAACGCUUGAAAUCGACUUCUCCUUUAUUGAAGAACAAGACGACCAGUCACACUACUGGGUCGGAGACACCACUCAUCAGCAUCUUUCUAUUUUUGAUGUUACUUAUUCCAAAAUCCACGAUGCAGCAAAAGUGGCUGCAUUCUUAUCCGGUGUCCUACCGCGUACAGUUCAUGUACAUUAUUCGUGGAUCCAUGCACUGGACGAUCAACGAGAGUAUGCGGAGAGGUGGAAUGAGGCUUCGAGACUCUUCAUGCGGAUGAAGAGGUGAGCGACUAUUAAUCAUUCGUUACUGUUAAGUACUAGGCAAUUUGGAAUAGGAAAUCGUCGUUAAUAUAGGUAUGAGUAUAUAUCUCAAUCUACACAGCUACCUACAUACCAUGUUCAACUUACAUACCCCUUAGAAUACUCUGUCGAUAACAAAAUACAAUAUUUACUAGUUC